UGAGUGGCCUGUGGGUCAAGCAGCCUUUGACCCCAACCGCACCCCAUCUUGUCUCCCUCACAGGUCCUCCACCUUCACCCUGGUGCCAGCCUUCACCCAGCUGAACAAUCGUCCAAGCUGCCUCUCAACUGUUGGCGCAGCCUCCAUUGCCAUCGGUGCCCUGCGCCUGUGCCUCAGCCAUGUCACUCUUGGCGACCCUGGGGCUGGAGCUGGACAGGGCCCUGCUCCCAGCUAGCGGGCUGGGCUGGCUUGUAGACUAUGGGAAACUCCCCCUGGCCCCUGCCCCCCUGGGCCCCUAUGAGGUCCUCGGGGGAGCCCUGGAGGGGGGGCUCCCAGGGGGAGGAGAGCCUCUGGCAGGUGACGGCUUCUCUGACUGGAUGACAGAGCGGGUUGACUUCACAGCCCUCCUCCCUCUGGAGGCCCCUCUGCCCCCAGGCACUCUCCCCCCACCCUCCCCAGCACCCCCUGACCUAGAAGCCAUGGCAUCCCUACUCAAGAAGGAACUAGAACAGAUGGAAGACUUCUUCCUUGAUGCCCCACUCCUUCCCCCGCCCUCCCCACCACCACCACCAGCGCCCUCCCUGCCCCUGCCUUUGCCCCUACCUACCUUUGACCUCCCUCAGCCCCCUACCCUGGACACCCUGGACCUGCUGGCUGUCUACUGCCGCAGCGAGAACGGGCCAGGGGACGUAGGCUUGGCAGCCCUGCCUGUGCCCCAGCAGCCUCCUCCUCCUCUGGUUCCUCUGCCUUCACCCUCCCGCCCAGCCCCCUAUCCGAGUCCUGCCACCACCCGAGGGGACCGCAAGCAGAAGAAGAGAGACCAGAAUAAGUCAGCGGCUCUCAGGUACCGCCAAAGGAAGCGGGCAGAGGGCGAGGCCCUGGAGGGCGAGUGCCAGGGGCUGGAGGCACGGAACCGGGAGCUGAGGGAAAGGGCAGAGUCAGUGGAGCGAGAGAUCCAGUACGUGAAGGACCUGUUAAUUGAGGUGUACAAAGCCCGGAGCCAAAGGACCCGCAGCACCUAG